ACAUAAGAGUUGUGAAUGCAAUCGAUCUCGUUAAUGAUAAAUCGAUAAGUCUUAGAGCGUGUCGUGUUUGUUGUGUUAUAUAUAUUUAAAAUGCUAAUUUACACAGUGUUAUUUGUGUACACAUUUUGCAAUAUUGUCACUUCCAAAGAUUUAACAUCCACACAUCAAAGAAACAUACAAUUAUCUCAACCACCAAAUCCGACCUACACUUAUCCAUAUCAAGAAGACUUCACAUCGACCGUGAAGUUCUUAAAUGAAGAAACACCAAAUAAAAAGAGCAAAGUCGGUAAUCUUAUAAAAUUAUUGAAAAAAGUACUGACCAAAUACAUAGAUGUACUAAAAGAUGAAAAGACUUACUCUGACGGUAACAUUACAAUAGAAGAUACACAGGAGGUUAAAAAAGAAUUCAUCAAAAGAGAAAAUACAAUAACCGAGAAAAAAGAAGAAAUCGUUUUAAAAGAAAAUGACAAUGAGACUAUACAAGAAGUUAGGACUGAAAAUAUUAUUGAAAUAAUUUAUGAUAUCGAUAAUAACACCAUUGAAACUCAAAAAGAGCUCGCGCACAAACUAAAUAAUGUCCCAGAAGAAAGAAUCAAGACUUCUGUUAUUUCGGUAACAGAUUUCUUUGAAGAUGAUCCUAUAAACUACAUGCGUAAUUUUAGACCGAAACCCGAUUUCUAUCAGAGCCAACAGGACUCCUACGUAUUAGAAAGACCAGAACCAAAAAUCAUGGAAACUUUUGAUUCGCAAGUAGAAAAAGUUGUUAAAAUCGGUAAACGAGAAAGAAACCGUAACGUUCCAAUGAAAAAUAAACGAAAUCAUUUGAAAAAGGCACCAUUUUCCAUACCAUGUGUAAAAGCUUCAGAUAUAUUGGAUGAAUCACUACAUGUAACCAAAGACCCAUACUUCAAAAACAAACCACGAAUUGAUAUGAAUUCUAUUGUCCAAGAUAUACAGUCCACUAUAGAAAACCCAGUUUCAAAUUAUAUAUCAAUAUGCUCUGAGCCAGAUCACACUGUGGCCAUGCUUUUUAAGCCGAAAACAAUAUCCUUAAUGCAAGCGUAUGGUAAUUUGUUAAAAAAAAUUACAGUCACGGUUUUAGUUCCGUUCCAUGUAUCAAAACUGAUGUUGUAAAUAUUUUCGACUUCGUUCGUUUCGACAAAGGUUUCUUUCAUAAGUUAAUGCGAACAUUACACAUUAAAACAGAUUUUACCGAA